AAGAAGUUUCUUUUUUAGAGAGAGAAAAGUCAAGAAAACAGAACACACAUAGCUUCUCUUCUUCAUUUCGUUUCCCAAAUCCAAGAAAUCAAGAAAGCAUCAAUCUUUUCUUGAAAAUUAUCUAUAUAUAUACUCACACAAUGCAUAGGGAAGUAUUCAUAUACACUCAUUCAUUCACUAGAGAGAGAGAGAGAGAGAGAUUUUGUGUUGUGGGUAUUUGAGAGAGAGAAAGAACAGAGAGAGUGCAGAGGGCAGAGUUACUACAGAGCAUGGCGGUCGAGGAGGACGAAGGAGAGGAGAGCAGUGAUUCUGAAUCAAAGUCAAACCCAAAACCAGAGCCGUACAAUUGGCUGACGAAUUUCCACAGGGAUUUGAUUGCAGGAGCGUUCAUGGGAGGCGUGGUGCACACGAUUACGGCCCCAAUCGAGAGAACGAAGGUUAUAUUGCAGACCCAAGAGAGCAACAUCAACAUAGUCGCAGAGCCUCAUCGGAAGUUCAAGGGCAUGUUCGAUUGCAUAGUCCGUACGGUCAGAGAAGAAGGCGUUCUCUCUCUCUGGAGAGGCAAUGUUAGCAGUGUCCUUCGCUAUUACCCCUCUGUUGCCCUCAAUUUCUCUCUCAAGGUAUGCUUGCAUUUCAAUUCCUUUGUGGGUUUGGUUCAAGAAUUAUGGAAUUGUUUUGGGUUUUAAGUUUGAAUUUAAUGGAUGUUCAUGUGUUGUGUUUGUGGGUUUCGUUCAAGAAUGGUGGAAAUGUGUGAUUAUGGAAUUGUUUUUCAGUUUUAAGUUUUAAUUUAAUGGUUAUUCAUGUGUUGUGUUUGUGGGUUUGGUUCAAGAAUGGUGGAAAUAUUUGAAUUAUGGAAUUGCUUUGAAUUUUAAUUUUGAGUUUCUUGUCUAUGUAUAUGUUGUUUGUGUUGAUGGUUUUGCUUCAAAGAAA